AUGGACGGGAACGCUGCAACAGGCCUGCGUUUGAUCUCCAAAGCAGCCGGAGAGUGGACCUUGGAUACGGGCAUGGUACAGAGUCUGGAAGUUGAAGGUUGGGGCCUACGGGAGACCAACACCAUCCGCAUCCUUGAAAGGGGCAAGACGUGCCGUGAGGAAGGCUACUCACAGGUGGCUACGCAUGUGAAAUGGUGCUCAGCAAAGAACAAAGGCAUUUGUGUAAUGCAUGGUCCAGGAACAAAUGAGACUUCGAUAUUUGAUUUGCCUGGAAUAUUGUGGCGCCAUAACUCAACAGAUCCACCGGCAUACAUCUACCAGAUCGAAGCGGCUUCCGAUGGACGAGGAACUUUCCUUCACUUCCCGGUGGUACCUGUCAUUAGGCAAUUCGACACCAUUGUCAUCGAAGAGAAUAUAGUACCUCAGGCUGACCAUUGGGUACGCCAGAGAGACUUGCAGCGCAUUCUUCGUGGCCAGGACACUGGCCACCAGAUCGUUGAGAUGCUCAAUGCAGAUCGGACUCUUCGGAUUGAAAUGGUGCUCGAUCCAUUUCCUCAACUCGUCUUCACUCCGCCGCAAGAGGGGAGGUGGUACCGGAACAAUAAGAUCAAGGUGCCAGACAUUCGCGGAUCGGAGGAAGUUGGCAAUCUGGCAGUUUGCUGGGGUGAGCGUGCGGGGGAGUACUACGCCCUGGCUGGAUUCUUGAGCUUUGUGAACCCAAAUUUCCUAGCGAGGAUCACUCUUGGCUUGACAACUACUGCUGUUGGACACACAGCUCCGAUCAUCCUGAACUUCAUUACGGGUGACAACCCACAGUAUUAUCUGCCGCAGAACUCCAUGCAGCUCAGGCAUCUCAAUCAGUCUGUGGACGACUGUUUCUGGAGCUUCACACGGAUCUUGAGUGUGCACCUCAGCUACGUGGACACCAACCGCUAUGGCUCUGAAGGACGGGUGAUUGCGAUCUACCUCCUCUUUGAGGUUAUGAAUGCCAAGCUGCAGAUUCCUAUGUCCUUGGCUGAAUACGAUGCACUGGAGGAGAAGCUCAUCGAAGUGGUGACGCUGGAUGACAUAAAGCUCAAGCCUGAGGGAGUGGUCGAUGUCGGCUACGUGAACCCCGACAAGCCGAUGCAGAGAUCAGCUGACCGCUCGAACACAAGCGAAGAUAUGCGCUGGUUUCAAGGAGGUUAUGGCGGCAUUUACCUCCAGCGCUUUGCAGUGAACGACAUCGUGGAUGGACCUCGGCCGGCAGAAGACGAGGCAGUUCUUAAUGUUGCUGACAUGGCCGUGGCUGACGAACUGGGUCUGUCUUUCGUCAUUCGUGGAGAAGAGAGGGGUAAAAUUACCCAACAGUCCUUGCUGCGAAUCUACUUGUGGCCAUUGACAGUCUGGAACUUUGACAUUCGCACGCCAUGCCAGGCCAACUGCCAACCGCACUUUUCAAAGUUGUGCACUUCCACUGUGGACUGUCAGAUGGAGUCAGCAAUGUCUCUUUGUGAAGACUUUAUACCACCGUUGGCUCAGCAAUGGGUUGACACAAGGGGUAGGGCAUGUGACUGGUAUGCUCAGCCUGGCGUUUGCAAUACGGACGGUGAGUUCUACACUCCAAGUCAUGGCUAUUCAGCUUUGUUUGCUUGCUGCGUUUGUGAAGGAGGAGUUCGAUCGAACGCCAACAUCAUCAAGCUUCGCCUACCAACAAGGAUGGAUCCAGCCUUCACAUCAGAAGUGAUGCACACAAUCCGCUUUUGGGCUGCUCGGCCCUUGCCAAAGCGUGGCUUCUUCCCGAUCCGCAUGGGCGCACAAAUCUCCACGUCCAAUGAUGGCUACCCUGACUACACACAAGUGGCAGGACGGUAUCUUGCGCACCUACCUCCCCAAACCAGCUAUGCAUCAGUGGUGGGCUCGUUGGUUGGCGUGGAGGGUUGGGGAAACUUGAGGCAAUUCAACUCUGACCCAGUCUGGAACAAUAUGUACAUCCGCAUGCAGAUGCCUUUGACGGUUCGCGCUGUGGGAGGUGGCCCAGAGCACACCUUGUGGCGAAGUACCGCUUAUUUCGAGGUGGUGUUGCCACCAGGCUACAAGUGCAUGCAUGCCGAGCGAGCUCUGGGCCCUGCAGAUGGUGACAACCAGGUUCAGAUGCCGUGGCUGUCAAUUGUGUCUCCUCAGGGCAAAGGCCUGUUGCCGGGCGCGGAUGUGCGGGAAGGCGGCAACCUGAGCGCUCCUGGUGUGAUUUGGCCAAGUGGAGAUUGGGAGUUUAUGGACAACAAGUGUAUCUUCUACAUGACUCCUGACAUGACGCUCUACGAUCGCCAGCGCCUCUACCUGUACAUUUGGGCCUUGAACCCGUCACGGCCAAUGCCAAGAGAUGAUCCGGAGAACGUUUGGCAGAUCAAUUUCAGAUCUGCUGGCACUUGGGCUCUUCCGGAUCAACACACAAUACCAUGCCAGCCCUUUCUUCCACCAUUCUGCAAUGAUACAGGAGAAAAGUACUUUGUGAAUCCUGAAUCCUAUCCGCUGGUGUACCGUGACUAUUCGCUCCUCUACCCCAACUACACAGAAGUAGAGAUGGAUCUUGGCCCCUACGACUUUGCUGUCCCACCAGGUGAAGACCACUACUUUGUCACGAACUUUGCAGUGCUCGGCGUGCUGAGGCAAACCGUAGUGCAGCCUCCAUCGGUUGUGCUAGGUUCCAGGACCAAAUUUCAGCUUUGGUUUGUUGCUGAAAUGGGAGCUGACCGUGGAGGUUUCGUUGGGGUUCAUUCACCUGGAGGCUUCGAAUUUGGAGAUCCAUGCUCUGCGCGAAACUUGCCAGAGGAGUAUUACUCGUCUUUCGGGCCGCCGGGUAUGGUGGUGCCUCAACGUGUGUGGCCUCUGGAGGACAUGGGUGACUGCCAUUUGGGGAGUCCACCCAGCUGGCACCCCAACGGGAACUAUGCCAUGAUCAAAGUUGCAGGCUCAGUGAUUGCCGACCGAUUAUAUGGGCUGGAGAUCGAUAUUGACCUUCCAGCGUACUUCCUGUCGCAGAAUCACAGUAGCGACUACUGGGCCUUCCACAUUAGUGUGGUCGACGGCUUCGGCUAUGGCCGAGACUCCACCUAUAUCACUGCCUCCUUUCAGCCGGAUUUGGCGGAGCCGUGGGACUUUUAUCAGGCAGCACCGCUGGUGAACCCCAUUCCGGUGAACUUGGAUAUGUUCCCGUUCGCUCACACCAGUCUGAAGUCUGUGGUUGACAUUGGCCCGAUCAUGCUUAACGUCACGAUCACGGAGCAGUUCCGGCUCUCAGCACCCCUGGGCUACAGAUGGGCUUGGAAUAUUUUUGACAUUUUUAACGAGUUCAUCUACCGAUUCCUGCCUGGACAGCCGGGCUCUCAGCUGAAAGUGACAUAG